AUGAGCUCCGUGCCAAGGGCUUGGUGGGCGCCCGGCAAAGGCCCGCUGCGGAGGUGCAGCGGGAGCCCCGGUCCCUCCACUGCUCCUCAUCAUGCGGCGGCUCCGAUAUUGGUCCUGGAGGCCGUUAAAGAGGUGGAGGACGCGUUCACUGUGGUGAAGCUACUGCGGGAGGCUGACGUGCCGCUGUUACAGGAAAAAGCAAUGCUCCGCCCAGCGAGACAAGGAGCGGCCAAGUGGGUCGCCAUCCCGGGUCGCGUCAUCGAGUUCUUCUCCGCCCUGGGCAUCCUCACCGAGGUAUCCAGCCCUGGGUACGGCAAAGUCGGGCUAGCAGAGCUGGGCUACAGGGCUGGACCCACAUAUGCCGGCAAGGACGACCCCAGCGACGGCGGCAACAGUCCAGGCCACUCGGUAAGGCAACGAGGCACGGAUUGCCGCGGAGCCAGUCUUACAGCAGCCUGUACCGCUGCAGAGCCCCCCGAGUGGCUGCGGGUCACAGGUUGGCGGCUACCGCGGGAUCUGGAAGUCACCCCCCUGGAGUGCGUCACCUCGCGGCGACUGGUCACCAGUGCAGAGGAGCGGAACUGGGUGCUAGCAGAGGCGAGGUCCGUGUCUGGAGGACUGCGUAUUUUUGGCAGCGACUUUCGCGAUGGUGAUGAGGUCUUCAGUGCACCGUCGUUGCCGGUGCCGACAGCCUCCGUGUCCACAGCCGAGGAUGUAUGGGCUUCCUCACCGGUACUCAGAAGGUUCCAGCAGCACAGUAACCGUUGGCAGGCACAGGCGACGCUCGGGAUUAAUGCGCGGUUCUUACACCUCGUUACAUCGGAUCAGCUGCAGGUUGCGCAGUUGACCUGCACCAGCUGGAUGACCGAAACCGACCCCCCCACACACACACAUAACGGAGAGGAGUCAUAUUUCGUGUUUCAGGCUCAGUGCGCGAACGGAGCCCUGACGGAGCCCUGA